AUGUCGCAAUCAUCGCUUGAUUAUCCCGAGAUGAAAGAACUGUUUGACAGGAAUGCAGCUUGGUCGGCUCAAGUCUGGAAAAAGGAUCCGGGGUUCUUUCCUCGUCAUUUUCCCGGACAACGACCUGAGAUCAUGUGGAUCGGAUGCUCUGAUGCAAGAGUACCAGAGACCACCAUCAUGGGCUGUCAUCCUGGUGAUAUUUUCGUUCAGAGGAACGUUGCCAAUACCUAUUCGCCGGCCGACGACAGUCUCAAUGCUGUCUUGAUGAUCGCCUUGCAAAACUUCAAAGUCAAACAUAUUGUCAUCACGGGUCACACCAAUUGCGUAGGCUGUAAUCAAGCGCUGAACAUGUCUCGACUUCCUUCUGUCCCUCCUACCACUGCCCUGCAACGAUACAUCCAACCCGUAGCCGCAUUAGCUCGAUCCCUGACCGGUGAGAACGGGCUCCCAAGUUUGGACCUGCUCGUAGAAGAGAACGUCUGUCAGCAAGUGAAGAAUAUCGAAGCCUCCGAUGUCAUUCGAAAUGAUUGGAAACGACGCGGAACAGAUGGUGUGGUGAUUCAUGGUUGGGUCUACCAUCUUGAGAAUGGAACCAUCAGAGAUCUGAAUGUAUCUGUGGGACCUCCGGGUCAUGUAGCUGGGAAGAGGACAACGAAUGGUGUCUGGUUCUGA